AUGUAAUAAUAAUCAUGUCCUAAAAUUAUUGAAAUCUCAAUGAGCACUGAAAUUUUAGGGCGAUAUGCUUCUUAUAAGAUUCAAUUUAAUCAAAAUAUUAUUUGCAGAAGGUUUAAUGACUUUGUUCACUUUUAUGAUGUAUUACUUGCAAACUAUCCUGGAAUAUUUAUUCCUAGACUCCCUGAAAAAUAAGCUAUGGUAACGUCAUGAUGAAAAUUUUAGGGAAAUCUUGAAGAAGGCUUCCUUCGAAUUAGAAGAAGAAUGUUAUAGUAAUUCCUGAAUUCAUUAUUCAAAAGAUAAAUCAUAUGGAAUUCUCCUGAAACUAAAUAAUUUCUUAAUGAACAGAACUAAACUUGGAUACCUCUUAACAAUGAAAAUAUUUCAUUAGAAGAGAAAUAUAAAACUAAUCUUCCUGAUUGCUCAAAUGUAAUCAACAUAAUUAAUCAAAGCUAGAAAUUACAUUAGAUAUGAAAUGUUAAUUUAAUGAUUUUUAAUCAUUUUUAGUAAAAGUUAAGCCGAUGAUAGAUAACUUUAAAAAGAUGUGCAAUAAUUAUGUGACUGCCAAGACAAAUUUUAAUACAGAGAAGUUGAUUUUUGUGAAUUAUGUACUUCCAGAGUUUGAAAAGAAUUUAUUAUUUAAAAGUGAUAAGAAAUUUUUCUAGAAAACAAAACCUUUAGAUUUGAUGAAGAAUCAAAAAUAUGAUUAAGUUCGAAAAUCUUAGAGUGAUCAAAUUUUGAUCGAUCUAUAUAUAUUAGAGAGCGACAUAGAGGUGAUAAAAUAUUAGUAUUAUAUUAGUCUCAUGCGAUUUAAUUUGAUUAGAUAAGGAAGUGGGAGGAUAAAAUUAUAAGAUAUGAGGAUAAAAUAAGAUAGAGUUAGUUAGACUUAUAAUAAACAUUAAAUAAUUAGAGAAAUGCUGUUUCAAAGUUAUUUUUUGGAUCAAAAGACAAAGAGAUAUUAAGAUUGUAAAAUUAGAUUGAUCAUGUAAUAUGUUGAGAUGGUUUAUAUUAGUAUUGUAAGUAUAUAUAAGAGUUAAAGGGUUUAAUAAAUAUAACAAUGGGUUAGGUAUGUUUAUUUGAGAUUCCUGAGUUUAUAAAUGAGAAAGAGCAGAAUUUAUUUAAGUUGAUAAAAUAUAUAGGUUAAUUAGAGAUGGAAUAAAUAAGUAUUAGUGCUGAGUAUUGGUAAAAUAUUUUAGAUUCUCAAUUGAUAUCUCAGAUUGAAUAACAACAUAUAUAAGAAUCUGUAUUAAUAAUAGAAAAGAAGUAAAAAGAUUAAAGUUUGUAAGAAGAAGAGAGAAAUUUGAAUUAAGAUUUGAAUUAAUAUAUAGAAAAUAAAGAAAAGAAGAGUGAAGUAAUAUCAAAAUAGAAAGAAUAAGAGAGUAGUGAAUAAAAUUGAAAAUAUAUUAGUGAUGAAUAAAUGUAUCC